GGCUUGCCUGGGAGGGAUCUGCCGUCAAAGCCACCCAGGAAAGGAGGCCUGAUAUGCUCAUUAAUAUUCUGAACUAGUGACCCUUCUUUUUCUUUCCACCCCUCGCCUUUCUCUGGGCGCUCCAGCCUCUCCCCGCCGCGGAUGGCUGCAGCCCCCUCCAGCUGAGUCAGUCCUGCCUCCCCGCAGCAUUGCAGCACCGCAGCAGCUCCUGCGCUCCCUCCCGCUCCUGCAGCACCGCUCCGCUCCCGCCGCAGCAUGGCCAGCACCGUCUCAGCCUACAAGGAGAAAAUGAAGGAGCUGUCUCUGCUCUCCCUCAUCUGCUCCUGUUUCCACACCCAGCCCCAUCCCAAUACCAUCUACCAGUAUGGAGAUAUGGAGGUGAAGCAGCUGGAUAAGAGGGCAUCAGGCCAGAGCUUUGAAGUGAUCCUGAAGUCCCCUUCAGAUUUAUCUCCUGAGAGCCCAAUCCUUUCCUCCCCUCCCAAGAAGAAGGACCUGUCCCUGGAGGAGCUGCAGAGGAGGCUGGAGGCUGCAGAAGAGAGGAGGAAGACCCAGGAGGCGCAGGUGCUGAAGCAGCUGGCGGAGAAGCGGGAACACGAGCGGGAGGUGCUGCACAAGGCGCUGGAGGAGAACAACAACUUCAGCCGCCUGGCCGAGGAGAAGCUCAACUACAAGAUGGAGCUGAGCAGGGAGAUCCGUGAGGCACAUCUGGCUGCCUUGAGGGAGCGGCUCCGUGAGAAGGAGCUGCACGCAGCUGAAGUCCGCAGGAACAAGGAACAGCGGGAGGAGAUCUCUGGAUAAAGGGCUUUUCUACACAUCUAGCACCUGAUUCCUGUUAACAAACCAACCAGUCGACCAACCAACACAUUUUAUUUUGUUUGUCUAGAUGCGACAUUCGGUUCUCCAUGCCCCCUCCCCGGUGUUUGUCCCCCAGCUACACGCUUCUCUCUGCAUCCCUAAUCGUCAGUGCUUGUGGGGAUUCACAGAUCAUAGGGACCUCUAAGCAGAAUAGCAACUAGUUCACAUCAAAUAGAGAAUCAAUCAGUCAAUCAAACAGCUUCUUUGGAGGGUUUGUCCUUUUUUAAAAAAAAUAUUUCUUAAACUGAUGUAAA